AUGACUUGGAUUUCACUGCCAAAGCACAGUGAGGGUUAUAGUAAUGGUGCCACACAUUUUGUUAGGAAUGCGUUUGAUAAUUUCUCCAUAGGAAAUGAAUUACGCUGCCCUUGCAAAGAUUGCAGUAACCGUUUCUGGAUUUCUCCGGACAAUGUAUAUGAACAUCUCGUGUUUAAUGGUCCUUGUCCAUCAUUUAGUAAUUGGAUAUUUGAAGUGUCAACCGACAAGUUUAGAAAGCCUAAUGAUGUAGGGAUGGAUGAUUCUGAUAUGUGUAUAGGCCUAGGUGAUGAUUUUGAUGAAAUGAUUCGCAAUGAAGGUAGAGCUAGAAAUGGAAUGAAUAAAGCUGCAAAAGACUUCUAUAAGCUUGUUCAGGAAGGGAAACAACCUCUGUUUCCCGGGUCUGAAAAUUUCACGCAAUUAGGCUUCAUAGUCAGACUUUACCAAUUAAAGUGCAGUCAUGGUUUUACCGAGUCUGCAUUCAGCGGUAUUUUACAAUUGUUGAAGGAAGCUUUCCCGAAUGUAAACCUGCCUUCUUAUUUUAGUGUUGCCAAAAAAAUGAUUAGAGAUUUAGGCCUUGAUUAUGAAAAGAUACAUGCUUGUCCGAACGAUUGCAUGUUAUAUUGGUCUGAAAACAAAGAUGAAAUUAAGUGUAAAUUUUGUGGGGCGUCAAGGUGGAUAGUCCCUAAGAAAGAUAACCGUGCACCUUUUUCUACUAAAGUACAAGAAAACAGCUCUAAGAUUCCCGCAAAAGUCUUGAGAUACUUUCCACUAAAACCAAGGUUGCAACGGCUUUUCAUGUGUAAAGAGUAUUCUGAACUCAUGAAGUGGCAUGCAGUGGGGCGAACAAAAGACAGAAAGUUAAGGCAUCCAGCGGAUGCAGAGGGGUGGAGGUCAAUGGAUGCUAGUCAUCCAAAAUUUGCAGCAGAAAUUCGAAAUGUGAGGUUAGGAUUAGCUGCAGAUGGUGUCAAUCCUUACCGAUCAAUGAAUAUAAGUCACUCCACCUGGCCAGUUGUUCUGGUCAAUUAUAAUCUUCCUCCUUGGUUGAUUAUGAAACCAGAAAAUUUGAUUUUAUCAACACUAAUCCCGGGUCCUGAGUACCCUGGUAACGACAUAGAUGUGUAUUUGCAGCCACUGGUUGCAGAGUUAAAAGAAUUAUGGGACAUAGGUUUAGAAACUUAUGAUUCCCACGCUGACCAGACCUUUACGUUGCACGCGAGUCUAUUAUGGACCAUCAAUGAUUUUCCGGGGUAUGCAGUUUUAUCGGGGUGGAGCACGAAAGGUAAGUUAGGUUGUCCCAAUUGCCACUAUUGUACUUCUUCAACCUAUUUGAAACAUAGUCGAAAAGUUGUCUACAUGAAUCAUAGAAAGUUCCUUCCUCCUGGCCACAAGCUUAGGUACGACUGUAAAAGAUUCAAUGGUAUGGUCGAAACAGAUGUUUCUCCACCUCCUUUGUCUGGAAUGGACAUUGAAGAACUAUUAUUUGGAUAUGAGAAUUGUUUCGGAAAGCGAGAUUUAAAGAAAAGGAAACGAGAGACAGGGUGUCCCUUUAAAAAGAAGUCCAUAUUUUUUGAAUUACCAUAUUGGAGGGAAAACCUGGUUAGGCAUAAUCUAGAUCUAAUGCACAUAGAAAAAAAUAUUUGUGAUAAAAUAUUAGGGAAUCUGUUGAAUCUUGGCGGUAGGACGAAAGCUGUUUCACCAUUGCUGAAGUUGUUGACCCUGAUAAAUUUUCCUACACGGUAA